GUUAACAUUUUCAAUGAUAGCAAAAAUUAUAAAAGUAAAUAUUAUUGUAAUUAAUGAUUUCCAUUGUGCUACAGUGAAAGAAAACGGAGUCUAACUGCAAAUCUACCUCAUAUUUUUUCGUUUUCAAAUACGCAUUUUUAUCUUUUACGAGGUUUCAGUUUUUGACAAAGUACAUUACAUUUCAAUUGCAGUAUUAUAAUUUUUUUAACAGUUCAUGUCAAAGCUAGUUUGAAUUUCAAUGAAAUGUCGAAAGCCGUGUUCUUCAUGGUAGUUUUUGGCUUUUCAUUGCCCGUGUGGACAAGUUUGGCCAAAGAAGAAUUCACAAACUACAGAUCGGAUCUUAAACCAAUUGUAGAAAAAUUAAAAUACACACACGAAUAUGAGCGUAGUAUCAACAGCAACAUUUCAUAUUUAUUUCUUUAUGAUUAUUUACCUGAUUCUAUAUUGAAACCUCCUAGAAUAAAAGUUACAUUAAAAGAAUCAGUAAAUAACAGCAUUGUAGAUCCUCUAAUUGUUGUAGUAAGACACCGUUCUGGUGUGAUAUCUUGGCAACUUCCAUAUAUAGAAAGACAACAAGAAAUAAGCUUUUAUAAAGCAGCUCAUAUAUUAUGUCCAUCUUUAAGUGCUUCCAACAAUCAAAGUGAAAUUGUUGUAAGUUUAUCAACUAAUAGUUUAAGAAAUAUAACAUUCUUGAUACUUGUAGAUGUUCAGCAAUCAUUUAAUGUAUUGUUAAACGAACAAGUAUCUUUUAAUUUAUCACCAUCAGAACCAGUUUAUUAUUAUUAUAGUUUUAAACAAAAUGCUUCUAUGGUAUUACUUCAUGUUACUUCAAGUGACGAUACCUGUAUGACAUUGUCUAUACAAAAUUCAUCUUGUCCAGUUUUUGAUUCUUUAGAAACAGUUCAAUAUGAUGGAUUGCGGCAAACUGUCAGUAAAACUGGUGGUAUUAUUGUAUCGAAAGACGAAUACCCACUUGGAUUAUUUAUAGUUUUUGUAGUACAUACUGAUAAUUCAGCAUGUUAUCAAGGAAAUCGUCAUAUUCAAUCAAUAAGUUAUAAAUCAAAAAAUGUUAGUUUUGUCAUUAAGCCAACUGUUGAUUUUAAUUUCCAAAUUAUCAAUUGCUUAAUAGUUAUUUCAAUUUUAAUUUUAAUUAUGGUCUUUACUACCCUUUUUUAUCAUCCAAAAAUAAAUGAUUUGAAGCUACUAUAUACAAUACAGGAAGAACCAUCAACUAGUAUUUGUUCAACACCUGUUAAUAAAGAACCUGAUAAUAUAAGUUAUGAUUCAUCUUUGGACGAGACUGACGUUGAUAUAUUGAAAUCACCCGAACCUUGGAAAGAUUUAAUCAGGACAAAAGCAUGUUUAAAUGUCAGUGAUUUGUCAAAAAAAGAUCAUAGAAUUUUAAAAGCCAAAUCAAGAUUAUAUCUAUGGAAUUUAAUUACAGUAGCUGUUUUUUACUCAUUACCUGUUAUUCAAUUAGUAUUUACUUCUCAAAAGGUGUUGAAUGAAACUGGAAAUCAAGAUUUAUGUUAUUAUAACUUUCUAUGUUCACACAGUCUCAAAUUGGGUCCAUGGAAGUUUAGUGAUUUUAAUCAUAUAUUUUCCAAUAUAGGAUAUAUAUUUUUUGGACUUCUUUUCAUAUUAAUUACUUAUAAACGAGAAUGUACUAUAGUAUAUGAUAAAAAAUUUGGAAUCCCUAAUCAUUGUGGAUUAUAUUAUGCAAUGGGAUCAGCAUUAGCUAUGGAAGGAUUAAUGAGUGCUUGUUAUCAUGUGUGUCCUAAUCAUUCAAAUUUCCAAUUUGAUACAAGUUUCAUGUACAUAAUAUGUAUGUUAAGUAUGAUUAAAAUAUAUCAAACCAGACAUCCUGACAUUAAUGCUAAUGCAUAUUUAGUAUUUGGAGUUCUGGCAUUUGUCAUUAUACUUGGCUUAGUUGGUAUAAUGUAUGAAGGUCCAUUACUAUUUAUUUUAUUCACUUGUUUUCAUUUAACAAUGAGUUUUUGGCUAUCAGCACAGAUAUAUUAUAUGGGUCGUUGGAAAUUAGAUAAAAAAACACCAAAACGUAUUCUUAACCACUUAAUGACUGCACCAAAUCCAUGCGUACCAAAGUAUCCUAACCGUAUGGUUUUGUUGAGUAUUGGUAAUUUAAUAAAUUUGGGAUUGGCCGUAAGUCAUUGGUUCAUAAGAUUUGGUAAUUUUGGAAAUUAUCUUUUAACUCUAUUUAUGGUCAAUUUGAUUUUGUAUCUUUCAUUUUACAUUGUUAUGAAGUUGAUAUCAAAGGAAAAAAUACUUUUUUGGCCAUUAUUGUAUAUUUUAUUAGCUAUGAUAUUUUGGUCUGCUUCGAUGUAUUUUUAUAUACAUAAAUCAAGUUCAUGGACCUUAAGCGCAGCUGAAUCAAGAACAUUUAACACUCCGUGUACUUUUAUGGAUUUUUAUGAUAAUCACGAUAUUUGGCAUUUUUUGUCAGCUAUUAGCUUGUUUUUAUCAUUUAUGGUUUUGUUAUCAUUAGACGAUGAUGUUACCAAUAAACCUUCAACAACUAUACCAGUUUUUUAACAUUUGUAAAUAAUGUUAUUACUUAUAAAAUUUAAUUAUUUAAGUCAAACGACACCAAAAUAUAUUAAAUAUUAAUUUACUUUAAUUUACAUAAGAUAAACAGUAGAAUUUUGCUGAUCCAUUGCUAGUUCGGGUAUCUAGACAUUAUAUAUUUAUAUUUUAGUACUUAUGUAUGUAUACUUACACAUAAAUAUUAUAUAAAAAUGAUUCAUAUCAAUAUCGAUUGUCAUCUACUUUAAGAUAUUACUGAUACUUAAUUAAUAAAUAUAUUCUAGGAUUCAUUUUGUAUGUGCAUAUAUAUAGUAUAGUUGUAUGUACCUCUACGAAAUUGGAAUUAUCCUAGAAGUUGUCCUAGAAUGUUCCAAUUACAUAUUGUGAAACAUAUUUAUUAGUUAGCUAAAAAAAAAAAAUUAUUCCAUUUAAUCCGAAUAGAGUUAGGAUCAGCGAGACUCUACUAUAUUAUAAUUAAAAUGAAAUGUAUUUCUCGUACACUAAUAUCUAACAAAAACUAGUUAUUGGUAUUAAGCUCAACGUUUUAAGUAUCUUAUAUUAAAAGUGUUAUUCUUUUUAAAAAUAAGUACAUAUACCUACUUAGAUAUAUAUUUUUCUGCAAAAAAUGUAAAAAAUUUUUUUACCUAUUAAAUUCUAAUUCAUAAAUUAUAUUGAAAUACUUUGUGAAUUAUUGGAUGAUUGGAUUAACUGUCAAAAAAAGAUACUUUGAAUUUU